UGUCAAGGCGACGUUCGUUCCCCACAGCUGACUGUGUUCUUGUUGGUUUACUGAUUUGUGUAUAUCAUUUCGGAUAAAUACAUGUAAGUGCGGAGUUCUCACGCUUGCUGCGCUUCUCACUUGCUCGGUAAAUUCUCGCGAUACACGUUUCAAAUUCAGUGCGAUUGCCAAUCAUCGGCGUUCUGGUUGGAAAAUUUGUUUAUGUCAAGUAUUUCCUGGCCGUGGUGGAGAAAACCUGCGACUCCUCAAAGCCUGAACUGAAACUGUCCCACCGUCGCUGCCCAAAGGAUGCGAAAUCUACCCAUGACUGUGCAUGGGAUCGUCAGAACUUGCAUUUCUGUGGCAACUACCUGUUUUGCGAGUCGACCAAUGGAGCUGGUAGCGGCAUAAAAUGAGAAAUCUAAUCUAAUUAGAAGAUAUCGAGUGGCCGAUUGUACGCCAAAGAAGAAUUUAGCGUUUGAAUUGGAGGAAUUUCUGCGGAAAUACAUGAAGAAUGCGCUCUCGCAACUUUUUUCUGACGAUAGGGUUCGUGGGCCUGUGGACGUUUGUGACAGUUUUGCUGGUUGUGCGCCACACUGCGGACUUCGGGAAGCGGAAGGACUUCAUGAUGAAGCUGGGAAGUUUGGAGUCUGGCGUGAAAUCUGAAGCAAAGAUACAGGACGGACUCAUCCGUGAGUUGGUUUUGAUAUUGAAAUCGAAAGCUGCCAAACAAGCGUCAACGGAGAAGCCUCCAGUGGGAGAAGAGCUAGUAGCCGAGCGUGGGGUGCAAGAGAUCCCACUGGAUGCUGCUCCAAAGCUCCCCAGCAACCAGGCAAAGGGCUUCGAUGGCCCCGUGAUCCCCGUUGUGGUGUUCGCUUGCAAUCGGGUGUCGGUGAAGAAGUGCCUCGACAACUUGAUUGAAUACCGCCCGAACGCCGAUCAGUUCCCUAUUAUUGUUUCUCAGGACUGCGGUGAUGAACCCACUCGCAAUGUCAUCCUUUCCUACAAAGAGCAGGUGACAUUGAUAACGCAGCCAGAUCUGUCCGACAUCGAGGUCCCGCCCAAGGAGAAGAAGUUCAAGGGAUACUACAAAAUCGCCAGGCAUUAUGGAUGGGCUCUGAACACGGUGUUUGCGCAGGGCUACGACUAUGUGAUAAUUGUUGAGGAUGAUUUGAACGUGGCUCCGGACUUCUACGAGUACUUCCUGGGGACACAGCCCCUUCUAGAGAAGGAUCCCUCGCUUUGGUGCGUAUCUGCUUGGAACGAUAACGGAAAGGGAGGACUGGUUGACGUGCAGCGACCGGAGCUUCUCUACAGGACGGACUUCUUCCCGGGGUUGGGAUGGAUGCUGUCGAAAGAACUGUGGGCCGAGUUAUCACCGAAAUGGCCAAAGUCAUUUUGGGACGAUUGGAUUCGUCAACCGCAGCAACGAAAAGAUCGAGUCUGUAUUCGUCCAGAAAUUUCACGAACACGAACCUUUGGAAAAGUUGGAGUAUCCAAUGGAUUAUUUUACGAUAAAUAUCUACAGUAUAUCAAACUUAGUGAAGACUACGUGCACUUCACGAAAAUGAAUCUGACAUAUUUGCUGAAGGAUAAUUAUGACAAAACGUUUUUGAAUCACGUAUAUCAGUGCCCUAUUGUUACCUUUGAGGAGCUGCGGAAGGGAAUGGUGAAAACAAAGGAGGCCGUACGAAUUCAGUAUAAUAGCAGGGAUCAAUACAAAAGGAUAGCUAAAAUGCUAGGACUAAUGGACGAUUUCAAGAGUGGUGUACCUAGAACCGGCUACCAUGGGAUCGUUUCAUUUUUUUAUAAAGACCAACGUGUCUACUUGGCACCAAGUGCAAAUUGGAAAGGAUACAACCUAGCAUGGAGCUAACGAAUUUCUCGUCUUUAGUCAAUGUAAAUACAGAACUGAUUUUUAAGAAGUAUAAACAUGAAGAGUACAUACAAAACCCGAUUAAAUAUUAAAUUAGUAUAAGUGA